AUGUUGGUGAGUCUUAUCAAGUUAUCUCAGCUGGUAAUAGAGAUAUCAAAUAGUUGUCAACUGAUAAAUUGCUCAGAAACACAUUCUGCACAUUUUAUGUGUUGACAACUUUUUGAUGUCUCCACCGGUAGCUGAGAUAUACCGUCUUGAAUGAUGUUCCUUCUUUUACACACGUCUGCAGGUAGCCUCCCUUGCUCUAAUCUCUGUGGGCUUCUGGAUGCGAUAUGACAACUCUUUCGACACAGAUCUCAAGAGCGUCGUCUACAAGUACGAUGACCCGAAAAACCUUGCAGAUGCCAAGUUCACAAUUCGAGUUUGGGUAGGAUCUUACUGUCAAAUCCCCAUUCUUCCAACCCGUCCUUCCAGCUAAUUGUCGUCUACUGGAGCAUCACCGGAUUGGCAAUCGGAGCCUUCGUCACUGCCAUCUUCGGAUUCCUCUCGUUCUUCGCAAAAACAAGAUGGAUUCUGAUCGUCUACCUGGUGCUGAUGAUCGUUCUGAUCGUGUUGGAAAUCGGAAGCGGAGUCGGGCUCUUGUGCUACCGAAACAAUCUUCGCAACUCGAUUCACACUCUGAUUUCGGCCAUGUACACCUCGAAUUCGGUGGCCGAUUUGGCGAUUAUUCAAUCAAAGUACUCGUGCUGUGGAACCCAGGACGGCGCGUUCAAUCUAAUGUACUGUCAAAUGGUGAACGAGGUGAUUUGCCGGCUUUUCAAGUGUAGAUACAAUACUCGUAAUCUUCCAGCCCUAUUGUGACGUGGCAGUCUUCAACAGCGUCGACAACACCAUGAUGCUCUCCGGAAUCGUGUUCCUCGUCGUUCUGAUCCUUCAGCUGAUCGCCGUCGUCCUUCCCGUUCCGGUCCUGCUCGGAACCUCCGGAUCCAGCAAGAACCGCUUCGAAUCCACUCAAAUCGACCGCUUCUAA